GCUCCCUGCAGGGGUGGGCUGGGCCCGGAAUGCCGCGGGGCAGGGCUAUUUAAGCUCGGGGCCUCCUGGCAACCCCAGCAGCCUGCCCUCUGAGCCGACAGCAUGGAUGACAUCUACAAGGCUGCGGUAGAGCAGCUGACAGAAGAGCAGAAAAAUGAGUUCAAAGCAGCCUUUGACAUCUUCGUGCUGGGCGCUGAGGACGGCUGCAUCAGCACCAAGGAACUGGGCAAGGUGAUGAGGAUGCUGGGCCAGAACCCCACCCCCGAGGAGCUGCAGGAGAUGAUUGAUGAGGUGGACGAGGAUGGAAGUGGCACAGUAGACUUCGAGGAGUUUCUGGUCAUGAUGGUUCGGUGCAUGAAGGAUGACAGUAAAGGGAAGUCUGAGGAGGAGCUAUCUGAUCUCUUUCGCAUGUUUGACAAAAACGCUGAUGGCUACAUUGACCUGGACGAGCUGAAGGUGAUGCUUCAGGCUACUGGCGAGACCAUCACAGAGGACGAUAUUGAGGAGCUCAUGAAGGACGGCGACAAGAACAACGAUGGCCGCAUCGACUAUGAUGAAUUCCUGGAGUUCAUGAAGGGAGUGGAGUAGAUGCCGACCUUCGCCCAGAGCUGCAGCACCACCUUUCAACUCCCGCUGGGCCCUGGGGUGGAGCAGGGGGCCGGGGUCCCCAGGAUGUGAUCCUGGCCGUGUCCUUGACUGAGGGCCCUCCCUGGCUCCCGCCCCAGCCCUGUCCUAGGGAAUACAAAUAAAACCCUGCUCCCUGGA